AUGGCAGCCGUUGAUGGUAGCUCCGGUCGGCCUUCCUUUGCCGAUUUGGUGGCUGCUAUCCCUCAACCCAUACCUGAGAUGACCCAUGCUCCCAGACCUCUGAAGAUGGUGGAAGGAGAGGUAUAUUUCCAAUUCACUAAAGAAGAGAUUACACGUUCGGCGGAGCCUUUCCGCUAUUCGGUAGUGCUUAAGUUUCUAAAGAAUAGACCUUCGCUGGAUGCUGUGAGGGCUUUCAUUCACAGUCGUUGGGGUCUUACGGCCAUUCCUGUUGUAUCAUCCAUGAGGAGGCCUCGUAACGUCUUCGUAUGCAUGGCUAAUGAAGUUGAUUUCACCCAAGCAUUAUCGCAGGAGGUUUGUGAGAUUAAUGGAAACUUUUAUUGUGCAUUCAGAUGGUCACCAGAUUUUAAUGAGGAUGCAGCGCCUUCUAGGGUCCCAGUAUGGGUUACCUUGCCGGGUCUCCCUCCAAACUUUUAUCAAGAAGCUUUCUUGAACAUACUGAUGGCACCUAUUGGAAGUUUCAUCCGCCGUGACAAUCCGACUCGGUGCGCAACAAGAACGGAUGGUGCAUGCUUAUGUGUGGCAGUUGAUGCUGCAAAACCUCUGCUGUCUCAUUUCUGGAUUGGAGCGCCUGGGCUACCUUCCAGUCGAAAGCAGGAAAUUAUCUAUGAAACGCUCCCGGCAUACUGCUCUUCUUGUAAUAUGCAGGGUCAUAACGCAAGGACUUGUAAUCCUGGGAAGGUUGAAAAUAUUAUGAGGAUGGAGCACGAAACAGAGGAUGCUGGGGUGGGCAAGGUGACGGAGGCAGCAGAUGUAGAUCAGGUGCAGUUGGUCCCUGAGACGGAAGACUUGUCAAUGCAGUUGGUAGAUCAAAUGGUGUAG